AUGGCGCGGUAUGGCGAAACCGUGGUGAUCACAGCCGAUCUGAUCGGGGGAGAUGGGCAGGGAGUCAUGAGCAGGAGCACAGUGUAUGAGGAGAGAAUGAUCCUCAAGGCAGGAGAGAGACGCGACCAGCAGCUUCUCUUCCUGCCUGACCGAGAUACUCCUCAGGCCCUGCACUCUCGACCGAGCGACGAAUCCCAGCUCGAAGUUGUUUGCCGCAGAAACUAUCCGACUGAGCUCGCCGACCAGGCAGAGAUCUCUAGUCCUGAACAAACUUCAACUCCAGUGAGACAGAGUCUUCCAGCUCGCUUAACAGGGCCGCUUUCUAGCUCAAAGAAUCUGGAUAACGAGUCUCUUGCCAUCGAAUCAAGGUUGUUCCAUGAGUGCACGGGACAGCCGUCUCCUGUCUUCGUCAACCUUGAGGUCAUAGACCUACAAAUCGACGAGGAGGAGAGUUUUCAACAAGUCAACGAUGCUGGGCUGGUGCUCGGUCCAGUCGUGCACAACCAAACCUGGGAUGGUAUCGAUGUGGAUGGUACGAGAACGUCGAGUAUGGACGAUAGCAUGAGCGAGCUAAUCGCUGCCAACGAGCGACAGAGAGAGGAUCGGAUAGUCAGAGAUGAUACACAACCCAACGAGAAGCUGCUGAGUGUUGUCAACAUUCUGACGUCUCUUGCUGCUAGUCUGCUCCGCCAGGACAGAGAGCUCGAGCUGAAACUUGUAUCUUACGGAAGGACAUAUCACAUCUUGAAUAUGGCUCUUCCAGAGUUCGUCGAGGAUGCUCCAUUGGGCAUCAGCAAAUUUUCGUCGUAUCCUCCUCCUCAUCAACAUCAACAUCAACAGAACAUCUCACUAGAGCCUCCAACACUCCGACGACCUGCAAACUCUGAGCAGAGCUCCAGCAAGGCUAUGAGUCAACUGCCCGCUCGCCUCACUCUCGAUCGCUACCCGAAACUCGCAGUCUUGCUCGACGAUGUCAAGGCCAAGAUCGAUGCUGUCCGACGGAAGAAGUCGAAAGUGACAGAGGAGAUCAACUUGCUGCACAAGGCAAGGCACGAGUUCUACGAGACGCUGAAGAGUGCGAGAGGAGCAGGAGGGGACAGGACGAACAAGCUCUCCCCGACCACCAGUGAGGCCUCUAGCAGCUCCACCAACAUCCAUCCUCCUCACCUGAAAGCUGAGCACGAGGAGACGCACGAAGUGCUGUCGCAGUCGAUGAUGGAGCUGGCGGAUGUAGAACUGUUUCCUCGAGGCGGGAAGCAGCAGGAAGAGCAGGAGGAGCAAGCGAAGGGACCGCGCUCCUGCCCUCCCAAGAUCAGGCAUGCUGCUCCGUCCAGGUUCUCGACCGGAGACUUCUUGCUGGAGAUGGAGAGCUGGGAGGCGGAAGAUACCAAGCUGCCUGCCUUCAUGGAGCAGCAGGGCCUCACGAGGAUCCGCGUGCCUCGACGAGCUGAGACGCGCAGCAUGCCGGCGAGCAGCAGCAUAAAGGAGGCACCGGACGAGCCCAUGGCGGCGCUGGGGAGCCUGGGGAAGCUCCUUGCGCGGUAUGAAGAGACUGGAAGUUACAAGCAUGACUGGACGGGAAGGGACCCGUGCUGCUCUAUAGCUGUGAUGGUCUGGUGGACAGUCAGAGAAGGAUAA